ACGAAUUUUUCAAAUUCUAGCUGACGGGUCAUGUUUUCAUGUUAACGAAUAUUAUUUUGCAUUAGAAAUUACAUGCUUUUGAAUAUUUUCUUAUUAAAAUUUUUAUUGAGAAUUGUUUUCAAUUUGAAUUAAUCUUUGUAUUGUUUAUCUAAGUUCAAUAGCAUGGCACUUUUCGACAUCUUCGGUGACCAGCUAACGAGGCAGACAAAGAAACAUGUUUCGCGGCAACCCCUUAAUGAUAUCGAAAACAUGGGCAAAUCUGUUAAAUUAGGCCCAACCAAAGCCAACAACACAGAAAAUAUGGGCAAAAUGAUUAAUUCCGGGCCAAUCAAACCCAAUGAGCCAGUUAAAUCUAUGAAGAAAGGUGGUGAGGUGAAGAAAUCUUUCCUCUCAAACACCGGCAAAGCACUACAGAGUACCCCGAGGGCCGUGUUCACUCCAAAAGCUAACAACAUGCUGCAGUUUAUAUACAAUGACGAAACUGAUGAAGUGGAACCAGGUUACAGCUUUGAGGAAUUAGAAUUCACUAAACCUACAUAUGUUAAUGAUAACUAUCACAGGGAUGCUCUGGACUACCUGUAUAUGCCAGAGCCACAAAAAACUAAAUGUGUAUCCCCACCACAGACCCCACCCCCCAACAUUAGGAGGCACAGCAUGGAGCUUGACUGCUCCUACAAUGAUGAAUUUUUCACAGAUGACUUCUCCAACGAAAGCAUUCCAGUUGAUGACCUGGGGCUGCCUGAACUGUAUUGAAGAUUCAGUCUAAUGUGUACUACAAUUUUAUAUAAAACAAUGUGUCAGUCCAAUUAAUAAUUUUAAUUUUAUAAAUAAUUCUGAAAUUGGUUUUUAAAUAUUUAUUCAAAAUAUUAAAUUGCACUUGGUAAGAAACAUUUGUUGGACUUUCCAGAAUAUAUUGACUGUAGUCAAUAUAUUCUGGAAAUAAUAGAAUAAUGGAAUAAUUAUAAUAGUAUAAAGCGAUAACUAUAAAGUGAUUUGGAUAUAGGGGUAGGAUGACACACCAAGCACAUUUGUGUGUAUAAAUUUAAGGUUUGUCUUGUUAAAGAACUUCAGUUUUACACACCUAUUAGUGUCUAAAGGACUACCAAAAGUGAGCAAACUAUACAUCUCAAUUUAUUUGACUUAUAAUUCUCUAAUUAUUUUCAAAGAGAAGCAAGUUAAUAAAUGAAAGUUAAAACAGUAUUAUUGUAAAUUUUUUUUUUAAAUAAAGUGUUGAUUAAAUAUU